AUGUCGUCUAAGCUGAACGGUCUCGACCGCGAGGCGAGCGAGAAGUACUGGAUAGCGCAGCUUCACGACGCCAAGCAGGGCAACUUCCCACCUCGCAGGUCCGCGCCUGCCGUCCGAUCGCUCACCAAAACCAUUGCGCUCCAUCAGUCUGCCUCGUCGUCGUUGUCGCCAAUGAUCAACGCCACCGUCCUGCGAGCGGCCUGGGCGAUGGUACUCGCGCGGUACUGCGAUACGGAUGACGUGUGCUUCGGCGCCUCGGUCUCAGGUCCAGAGAGCAUGUCCGCCCCCGUGGUGGUCCCUGUCCGGCUGCGUCUCGAACCCCAGCAGACGGUGGCCGAGUUCCUGCGCGACGUGCGAGCCUACGCGUCAGGCGUGGUGCCUCACGAGCAAUUCGGACUGCAGGACAUAAUCAAGCUCAGCGAGGACGCGCGAGUAGCGUGCGAUUUCGCCAGCCUGCUGGUCAUCCACACGGAAGGCCGCUUCGUGGCACCCGCGGCGAUGACGGGCUGCUCGCUGGUUGUGCACGCGCUCUUGCGCGAGAACCAUGUCGUCGAAUUCUCCGCUACGUACGACUCGGGAUCGCUCGCGGAUACGCAGGUCACGGCACUAUCCCACCACUUCAAUCGCGUUGUCCAGCAGCUGCUCGCGCCAGGCGAGGCCGAGACGCUGCUUCGUGACAUCUCUUUGGCCGGUCCAUGGGAUGUGCAGCAGGCGACGGUGGCGAAUAGGGAUGUCCCCGAGGCCGUCGAUGACUGUCAGACCGACUAGCGCGCCGUCUUAUAGGGGAAGUGGCUACAGAAGUCCUCGUCCAUGUAUGCUUUGAGAAAUCCGUCUGGUUUUUUGUGGCAAUUUUAGCCAUCAAUAAGGCCGGCGGUGCCUGGGUCCCGCUGGACCCAUCACAUCCAACACAAAGACAUCGAGAGCUAGUACAACAGACGAAAGCUACACUUGCGUUAACAUCAUCGGCGAAUGCUGAGAGGUGCAAAGGCCUAGGAAUAGCCGUCAUCGAAGUAACAGCAGCCCUGGACAAGUCCUUGGCCGACCUUGAAGCAGGGACUGCAUCGCGAUCACAGUUGCCGACGGCCUGCGAGGUGACACACCGCAAUACAGCGUAUGUAUUAUUCACAUCCGGUAGUACAGGCACGCCCAAGGGGCUGGUGAUAGAGCACGGAUCACUGUGUACCAGCCAGAUCAACCUCGGGGCAGGACUGGGCUUAACAGCAGAUACGCGGUUUUUGCAGUUUGCCUCUUACGUAUUUGAUUCAUGCAUUGGGGAGAUUUUCGCUACCUUACUUGUCGGGGGAUGCGUGUGCGUGCCCUCGGACGAUAUGCGGUGGAAUGGCAUUCCUAAUUUUAUUCGCGAU